AUGGUUCCCAGAGUAUUUUCGUUCCUUCAGUUUUCCACUCUCUUAUAUCUCUUCAUAGUUACUUUUGCUUCCACUGAGGAAGCAACUACUCUCCUCAAAUGGAAAGCAACUUUCCUAAACCAAAAUAACUUCUUAUUUGCUUCUUGGACAUUAAGUCCUGACGCAUGCAGGGAUUGCCUGAACCAGCUCUCUGGCACCAUCCCACCUGAAAUUGGUAAGCUCACAAACCUUGUCUAUCUUGACUUGUGCAUCAAUCAAAUUUCUAGUUCAAUCCCACCACAAAUCGUCUCACUAACCAAACUUGAGACUCUCAACAUCUUUGACAACCAUUUAAAUUGUUCCAUUCCCACAAAAAUAGGGAAACUUGUCAAUCUUGUUAAAGCUUAUCUUGAAAAGAACCAAUUAUCAAGUCAUAUUCCUAUAGAAAUAGGAAAAAUGAUGUCCCUUGAUAAUUUAAGCUUACGGACAAAUAAUCAUUUUGGUCCAAUUCCCAAAACAAUAGGUCACUUAAUUGAGCUCAAGGCCUUGCACCUUUAUUCUAACCAACUUUUUGGUCUUAUUCCUAUCGAAAUAGGAAAGAUGAAGUCCCUUGAGCAUUUAACCUUAGGGAAAAACAGUUUUUCUAGUCCAAUUCCCAAAACAAUAGGUGACUUAACUGAGCUCAAAAUUUUGUACCUUUAUUCUAACCCACUUUCUGGUCCCAUUCCUAGUGAGUUGUGGAAUUUGAAAAACCUUACUGAACUGGAUUUAUCAGAUAAUCAACUAACUAGUUCAAUUUCAUUUUCUCUAGGUGACUUAACUGAGCUCAAAAGAUUUGAAGCCAACAGGGAAGACACAAAACCUAUAUGGCUUCCCUUGGGCUUUCAUGAUGAUCAACCUGCUGCAACAAGUUACCCAUCUGUUGGAAUUGUCCAACAGAUGUGUUGUGAACCCAUGGCUUGUCCCAACAAUAAGAAAGUUGGAGAUGCCAUGCCUUGUCACACGUACCCAAAGAAUCAUCUUGUUGGUGGUGUUGUUCAGCCUGUUGAUGUUGUUGUUGUUGGUGGUGGUGGACUUGGUGAUGAUGUCCCGGCAAGAAGUAUCACGGAAAAAUUAAGAGAUGAUGAUGCUAAUAUUGGUGGAUUUACUCCGCCUCCUGGAUUGAGUGAUUUUUGGAUUGGUGGUAAUUUUAGUAGUGUGCAUGGAUUGAGCGGUAGAAGAUUUGCCGACGUUGGUGCGGUACUUCGGGUGCCACUCGUAACUGUGAGUGCGCCUUUUACAGCAAGGACAAAAUGGAUAAUUUGA